AUGGCUAGUGCUUCAAAGAAUAACCAUGAUGCAAGCAAGAAGAAAAUGUCAUUGGAAGAAUUCUUCAGUGACAACUCACUAGGGGAAUCAGUUUGGAAUGAAGAAGAGAUUGAUUUGAAUGCUAUCAAUACUUCUAUAUCCAACACUACUAGUUUAGAUGUGCUAAAGCAAUCGUCUAUCAGGCUGGACGCCGCUGGUGGGCCAGGAGGAAUGUCUCAUGAUCACAUGCAUAGGGGUGGUUACGGCUCCCAUCAACACGAUCCGAUGAUGAGCCAUCAAAGGUUGCCAAAUUCACCACCUUAUAUUUUGAAGUUUGUCAACUUGCCUUCCACUUUCUCAAACUAUGAGAUCGAGGAUUUGUUUAAGACAAAGAGGGCUCAAUUCGUUAAGUUCAAGUUGUUUUGGGAAUUGAACAAGACUUUAGGUGCUCAAAAUGAACCUACUAUUUUCCAAAAAUUGUUUAAGAGGGAUUCGAAAGUCGCCUUCGUUGAGGUUUACUCGUAUAGAGAUAUGGAUAAGAUUUUGUCCCAGUGGAAAGGGCCUUUGAAAGAAUUGUACAACAUUAGAGUGGAUAUGGCGUCGUUUGACGAUUUUAAAGAGUAUAUGGAUAAGGAUAAAGAAAUUUCUCCUCAAGACGAUGCCUCAAGACCUUACCAUGGCAACCAGCAACCAGGCUCAAGUGCUGCUAGGAGAAGAUCAUCUGGAGAAGGUUUGCCUCCUCCACAGUCGGGUCCAACAUCUCCAUCGACAACUAGACGUAAGUCCAAUCCAUUUGGCAGUGCCAAACCAGUGGAUACUCAAACCAAAUUAUUAGAAAUAGAGCAAAAAAUUGAUCAGUUGGGUAUUGAAGAUACCAAGACUUUAAGGCGUUUGACUAUUGGAAGUGAUGAGGAGGAUCACCAUGAAAAUGAAACAUCUCAAGAAAAGGGUGACAGAGUUAGAAAGAACUUGCACAUUUUGAAAAGAGAGAAAAACAUUGAUGAUAGCGACUCUGAAGCUAUUGCAACCCAAUCUCAUUCCACACCUCAGCCACCAAAGUCUACGACUUCAACUCCUCCACCAAAGCUGAACUUCAUGUCUAUUAUCAAGAAGAAAGAGCAAGUGGAACUCGAAGAACAAAAACUUAAAGAAGAAGAAGCUAUCAAAGAAGCUGCAGCCAGAGAAGAAGAACAAAGAAGACAUGCUCAAGAGCAAGCUGAAGAAGAAGCCAGACGCUUAAAAGCUGACGCAAAUAGCGAAUAUUCCAAUAGUUCUGGAAACGAGAGUAACGGAUCAGAUGAACAUACCAACCAUAAUUCUAACCAAAACUAUUCCAACAAUUUUAAGUUUAGAGAUAAUGACAAUAACGUUAACAAUGGAUCUGACAGGUAUGAUAACAACAAUGGUAACCGUCGUGGUAGAGGUAACUUCCGUGGUAGGGGUCGUGGAGGAUACCGUGGUGAUCACUCCAACAACGGAAGCAGAUACAAUUCCGAUUCGAACAACAACUACCAUAAGAAGUUUGAUGACAGAUCCCAACAGCAACAACAAUACGGUCUAUUUGCUCCAGCAGCUGGUUUCUUGAAGGAUCAAAACAGAGGUGGUCAUUCUUCAUCUGGUGGUCGUGGUCGUGGUAGAGGUCGUGGCGGCAGAGACCGGGGUGGCAGAGGCGGCAGAGGCCGUGGUUCUUCUUCCACUGACUGA